AUGCCCGUCCCGGAUCUCGCUGACCGCAGCCUCUUUCCUCCGUUUCUGGAGCUCCCCGAAGAUGGCAAGCCGUCCAACACAGAGUCGGCGGCUGUCACCCUUCUCGCCCAGGUCAAGGACAACAUGACCAUCACCAAGCCGACACUCGUCCUCACCGACCGCGACGGCACGGGCUUCGCGCUUGUCUUUGACGGCCUGGAGCGCGACGGCCUGGACCUUGCCAAGCUUGGCUUGAAGAAGGGGGCGACGGCGGUAGUCCAGGGGGCACGGCAGACAGUGCCUGUCCAGAGCGGCGACGCCGCGUCGUUGACGGCAAAAGCGGCGCGCCGGCCGUUUCUGCGGGUCGCGCCCGGGCAGGCGCACACUGUGCGGGCUGUGCCUGCCCCGCUCGACCAGACCGUGGCGGUCGCCAGCAAGAUGCGGGCAUGGCAAGAGCGGGCCCAGCAGGAGGGGCACCAGCACUGCGAGGCGUGCGGCGCGGCAGGCGCGGCAGGCGCGGCCACGCAAGGCAAGACGCUGCUCAAAUGCACAGGCUGCAGCCAGGCCUGGUAUUGCGAUCGGACAUGCCAGACAAAAGGCUGGAACAGCGGCCACAAAUCAGAGUGCAAAGCUCUCAAGGCGUUGUCUGCCAUCUGGAGCGAGUAG